AUGGGGACCAAGUUUCUUCAGUGGAUUCUGACAUUUUGCAUGGUUUACUCAGGUAAGGCGAUUAAAGUCACGGGAUUUUUCGCACUUUUUGGGGUUGGGGAUUAAAAUUAUUUGCAGUAUUCGUCUUGGAAAAACAACCGUGCGAAAAUAGAUGGAAACUUAUUCGCUGGAAUCAGUUGUUUAUAGGAAUAUCAAUGGUUUUAGAUGGUUUUUGGUGCACUAGUUCAUCCAUGAAAACAGGACUAGCUUAACCCGCUACGUAAUAAUAACCAUGCUAACACCUUUUGUGCAAAAACGUGUGAUCCAGAGUCUGAGAAAACAGUCCUAUUAGAAUUUUAAUAUCCAUUUUUUAUAUUUUGUUAACCUAAAACUAUAGGGGAGAGUGGGGUAAGUUGAGCCACCCCCUGUUGCUUGGAAAUGGUCAAAGAAAUUGAUCAUGUGACCAAAUAUUUAGGAGAUGGGCAUCAAUUCAUGGAGUCUGUGAAGGUUAGAAGCACAUGGGUGAAGGGGUUAGACAUUUAUUUCCAAAAAGAAACAUUUUCCACUCUUCAAAGUGAAUUUAGUCUGUCAUAAGUGUUAUUAGAAUUGUGUUCAGACCAAAAAAGAUUAUUCCAAAUUUGUUUUAUACAUCAAUUUUGGUAUCUAUGAGCUACAACAUGAGGUCAAAAACUUAGCAUAAAAGUCCACCAUUUUAGCUUAGAGGACUAAUAAAGUCAUCAUAGUAGUUCAGGGGUAAGUUGAGUCAGUGGAUCAACUGAGACAGUGAAGAAGUCUGAUGAGAAGAUCAGAGUUUCAGUUCAGAUUGUUGAAAUGUUUUACUUUUUCUUUUCAAAAAUACAGCUGUGGAUGUUCUGAAUCACUUAAAGACAUUCUCAUGUUAAAAUGACUUUUAGCAAAACUGCUUUUUAGCAGUUAUAAGCAAUAAUAAUAUAAAGAAUUAUUGUACCAGUUGAAUAGCGUAUAAUCGAUAAAAAUGCACAUGAAUAUGAAGAAGUGACUGUUAUUUAGGGAGAGAGAAGGUGAGGGAGGGCUGGGGUGGAGAGUGGAGGGGGUAGUAGGGAUCUGCUGUGGUCAACUUACCCCACACGCGGGGUAAGUUGACCAUUUUGGCAUGCUAUAUUAUCAAGACAGUUAUGUUUACACUCAUUCUGUUGGUUUGCAGGGAUACACAACAUCUUGAAAUGUGCAGAUACACUAGUUAGAGACAAAACUAUGAUUGUCUUGAUGUAGUGAUCCGAAAUAUGAAAAAUGGCUCAUCUUACCCCACUCUCUCCUACCUUAAGGCUAAAACUUGAACAAACCACCAGUUUAAUGUAGUUUUACCCUACAACUUUUUCAUUAUGAAGCUGUAGACCAACCAGCAAAGAUAUUAUGUGCUAUGUUGGAAGACUAUUUUACAUGCUGCAUAACUUUUUUCUGUGUUGCAACAUGGUUACAUAAUAGAUACACACAGCCUGCUUGUGUGCAGCAGAUUGCAUUAAGUGUCCGGAAUGGUGGUGAUAAGAUUAUACUGAUAAGUUCCUGAUCUGUGUUUCUCAGUGACAGGUGAAGGUUGCUCCCUCAUCAUCAAGCCCUCCAGGGUGGUGGUGGGCUUUGGGGAGUCAGUAUCGGUCACCUGUGAAGCCGCUCGCCCAGUCCGUGUCCUGGGUUGGGAAUCUGCGAUCAGUGCAGCUCACACUCAGCAGGAUUUGUCUGUCCAGUGGAAGGUGGACAGCCUCAUUGAUUGGAUAGAGGAGCCCAUCUGUUAUGGGGUGUUUUUUACAGCUCCAAGACAGUGUGAAGAGAAACUCAAUCUGGUCCUUUACAGUGAGUCCAGUUUUAGUUUUGGAAAUAAAUGGCUGAUGAAGAUAAAUUGAUUGAAUGACAUGAGCUUUGUGUCCAUUUCUGUAGAAACCCCAGACAGCGUUUCCAUCAGGCCUGUGAACCACACUGGCCCCAUGGUGGAAGGAAAAGAGUACCAACUGCUCUGUGAGGUCCAGAACAUUGCCCCAGUUCAGUACCUCACCCUAAGGUGGUACCGUGGACAAACUGAGGUUUACAACCACUCUUUUUCCGACCUCACAUCUUCCUCACCUGUCCAAGUAUCUUCAAUCCUCUUGAUCACACCAACAAAAGAUGAGAAUGGUGCGCAGUACAGAUGUGUGGCAGAGCUUGAACUUGGACCAGAAGGCCCAAAGCCACCUCCUUCUGUGACCUCUGAGCCUCUGAAUGCUUCUGUGUAUUGUAAGUCAUGCAGAUUAAACUUUGAAUACCUCUCAUAUGUUGUAUAUGUUUAAUAUGUGGUGCAUUAAAUCCCUGUGAUCUUCUCUGUAGUUCCUCCAGUGUUCAUCAGUCCUGAACCAGAAGUUUUGGAGCUCAUAGGGGGGGAUGAAAUGACCCUAAACUGCACUGCCACAGGGAACCCUGCACCUGUGUACAGCUGGCAGUCCCCCCAUCCUAUACAGGAGAGUACAGACAAUGAGGCAGUUCUAACCUCCUCAUCACUGAUCCCAGGGACUUACACCUGUACUGCCUCCAACACGCUGGAGAAGAAGAGCAAGCAGUUCAUCGUCAAGGCGAAGACCAAAGGUAAUUUACCAGUAAAGUACACAUGUUCCACUUGUCUCUACGCGGCACAUCUUAAUCAGGAUUUCUUUUUGCUUUUCCCUAGGUGUGUAA